UUCUCAUCCAUUCUCUUAAACCACUCUCAAUCUGUCAGAUUUUCAUUGCUCACUUGUUCACUGCAAAUACCACACCAUGCCGUUAUUGGGGGUGCAACUUACUGUUCAAGAUAAUCAUGUGGUGAUGGAAAAUGGCAUACUAAAAGUCACUUUAUCAAAUCCUGGGGGAAUUGUGACUGGAAUACAGUACAAUAACAUCGACAACUUGCUUGAAGUUUUGAAUGACGAAUCUAACAGAGGCUACUGGGACCUUGUCUGGAGCUCGCCGACAAGCACAGGAACCAGUGGUACAUUUGAUGUCAUCAAAGGAACAAAGUUCCAAGUUAUGGUUGAAAAUGAGGACCAAGUUGAGGUAUCCUUCACCAGGACGUGGGACGUCUCUCUCGAGGGCAAGCUGGUUCCUUUAAACAUUGACAAAAGGUUCAUAAUGCUUCGUGGUUGUUCGGGCUUCUACUCCUAUGCAAUUUAUGAGCACUUACAAGAGUGGCCUGCUUUCAAUCUUGACGAAACAAGAAUCGCUUUCAAGCUUAGAAAAGACAAGUUCCAUUAUAUGGCAAUGGCUGACAAUAGACAAAGAAACAUGCCUCUUCCAGAUGACAGAUUACCACCUAAGGGCAAAGCCCUUGCCUACCCAGAAGCAGUUCUACUUGUCAAUCCCAUCGAACCAGAACUUAAGGGAGAGGUGGAUGACAAGUACCAAUAUUCAUGCGACAACAAAGACAACAAAGUUCAUGGAUGGAUCUGCAUGGAUCCUGUAGUGGGAUUCUGGGUUAUUACGCCAACGGAUGAGUUUCGAUCUGGUGGGCCCCUCAAACAAAACUUAACUUCUCAUGUUGGCCCCACCACGCUUGCCAUGUUUCUGAGUGCACAUUAUUCUGGAGAGGAUUUGGUGCCUAAGUUUAAUGCUGGUGAGGCAUGGAAGAAAGUUUUUGGUCCUGUUUUCAUUUAUUUGAAUUCUUCCUAUGAUGGAGGUGACCCCCUUAAGCUAUGGGACGAGGCUAAACAACAGAUGUUGGUGGAAGUUCAAAGCUGGCCCUACAGUUUCCCUGAAUCAGAGGAUUUUGCGAAGUGGGACGAACGUGGUAAUGUUAGUGGCAGGCUUUUGGUUAGAGAGAGGUGUAUAAACGAUGACUAUAUCUCAGCAAAAGGUGCUUAUGUUGGCUUGGCUCCUCCAGGCGAUGUGGGAUCAUGGCAAAGAGAAUGCAAGAAUUAUCAGUUUUGGGCUAAAGCAGACGAUGAUGGCUACUUUUCCAUCACCAAUGUACGUGCAGGAGAUUACAAUGUUUACGCCUGGGUGCCUGGUUUUAUUGGUGACUAUAAAUAUGACGUAGCUAUGACCAUAACAGAAGGCUGUGAAAUCGACCUUGGUGAGCUUGUGUAUGAACCCCCUAGAGAUGGUCCAACAUUGUGGGAAAUUGGCAUUCCUGAUCGAACAGCUGCUGAGUUCUAUGUUCCUGACCCAAAUCCCAAAUAUGUCAACAAACUUUUUGUUAAUCAUCCUGACAAGUUUAGACAAUAUGGAUUAUGGGAGAGAUAUGCAGAACUCUACCCUGACAAAGACCUGAUCUACACAAUUGGUAUCAGUGACUACACCAAAGAUUGGUUCUUUGCUCAAGUUACCAGGAAGAAAGAUGACAACACAUUUCAAGGAACCACUUGGCAGAUCAAGUUUCAACUUGAUCAGGUGAACAAAACCAGUAGCUAUAAACUUCGGGUGGCUUUGGCAUCUGCAACAUUAUCUGAACUUCAGGUUCGAGUUAAUAAUCCAAAGAACCCUCGUCCUCUAUUUUCAAGUGGGUUGAUAGGAAGGGAUAACUCGAUCGCAAGGCAUGGAAUUCAUGGACUUUAUUGGCUUUACAAUGUAGACAUUGCAGGAACUCAAUUUGUUGAAGGAGAUAAUACCAUCUUUUUGACACAGAGCAGAGGAAAUAGUCCAUUUCAGGCAAUUAUGUAUGAUUAUAUUCGUCUGGAAGCUCCACCAUCGUCUACCUUCAGUAACACAAAGUGAUAAAUUUUCUGUUUUAGUUAGUAACCAUAUUUAAUCAAAUCUGAAGAAUAAAUACUGGGAAUAAAGAAUGGAGCUUCUGAAAUAAUGAAAAGUUGAGUUUCUUUGUAGCUUGUACUUGUUUGAAGUUUCUCAAGUAAUGAAAUAUGUACAAGAACAUUAU